AAGUUCAAGUACCACAGAGGGAUCCACAGCACCUUUUCCCGCCAAAAGUUAGUAGGCCUUUUGGGCUCUGCUUUAGUGGGCUUGGAGCAAUAUACUCUUCUCCCUCGCAUCACUAUCUCACUUCCAUUUUGCUUUUCUAUGUUUCAGUUCAGAGUUCAACACUUUGAAUCUCAACUUAUCAAUUCAGAGUUCCGCCGGACCCUUAAGGGCCUUAGCUUCAAGUCUCGCUCAGGAGGAGAAUGACAAAGCUUGUAGCUCCAUCCCACUUCCAACGGUCCUAUAGGUUGUCUUAGAACCACAGAAUAGUAUCGGUCUAAUGGUGCGCAAGUAUAAGCUCCGCCCACGGCCAACUGCUAGAGUAGACAGAUUUAGUAUCCUUCCAGAUGAAGUUGCUCAUCAUAUUCUUUCAUUCCUCAAGUUCAUAGAUCUUGUUCGAGUGAGCACUGUCUCUAAAACAUGCAGAAGAUUUUAUCUAUCAAUUCCCUCAUUGAAAAUCAAUCGAUAUAAUCUUUAUGCUAGAAGAGAUCAGGAGGAAGUAGAGUUAUUGAAUUUUUUGGACAGGUACUUUUUUAAUCGUGGGGAUAAUAGGAUACAGCAUUUUCACAUCCACUGGAGUUUCAAUUGGAAGCCUUCUAAUGAGCAGAUUCAAGUAACUGAAUGGAUUGAUAAAGCAGUAAGGUGUGAUGUUGAAGUUCUCGACAUUAGUUUCUGUGCACUUCCACCCUUGUUUGUGAUGCCGUCUUCUGUCUUUGUUUCUCAAUCUUUGAGGUCUCUAUCAGUGCACUUGCAUGGGGUGAUUCUUCAAGCUCCUUCAUCAUCUCUUUUAUGUAAUCUGCAUUCCUUGAAGUUGAGUGAAAUUAAAAUAGUAGAUGAGUGCCUUUUCAAAUGGAUAUCAUGUUCCUGCAAAUGCAUUAAGGAGUUGCAGCUUGAUCAGAUUAGAGGGUUGCCAAAGAUCACCAUCGAAAGCUCAUCGUUGAAAUCAUUUAAGGUUUGGAGUAAGGACCUCUUCCAUCUCAACAUCUUUGGUGAUAAAAUCGAAGAUAUACAUAUAACUUGGAGGAAAUUUUAUCCACCACCUAGCAGAAAAUGGUUAAACAUAUCUGCUCCAAAUCUUAAGUAUUUGAAAUGGGAAGGCAAUUUGAUGAAUAUCCAAAAUCUUGGGAUAUUAAUGAGUUUGGAAAAAGCUGUGGUUUUUCUAGAGUCUGCUGUAAAUGAAUUUGACAAUGUAUUUAAGGUUAUCUGCAGCAUCAGCAGAGCUAAAGUUGUUAUUCUAAAUGAAUGGACCAUUAAGGCUUUGUUGAGGGAAUAUAUCAUUCCCACACCAUUAGAUGAUCUUUGUUGCUUCGGUGUGGAACUUAAGAACUUGAAUGAUGACCUUGUUCCUGCAGUGGUCUCUCUUCUUAGAGAAAUGCCUAAUCUGAAUACUUUGCAAAUACAGUGUAGUCCUCGCUCAAGUGUUGCUAAUUCUCGAUGUUCUGGGAUUGAUAUGGGAUUCUGGAAAUUGCAAAACCUUGCUUUCAUUUACCAGCUCAAGGAGGCAAAGCUAUGGCUUUCCAAUGGAUCGAAUGGAAUUGAAUUGGCAAAGUAUAUCCUGGAGCAUGCUCAGAACUUGGAGAAAAUGGUCAUAUUUCAUUUAUUCAAGGACUCUGAUGUUGUAAGGGAGUUAAAAAGCAAGAUGAUAUCCAAUGCCACAGUUGUCUGUCAUGUCAGCAAGGAUGAAAGAGCAACCUCAUUACGUUUUAUUCGUUAGGUUUGUUUCAUUGUUGGAACUUUAUCUCAGAUGUGUAAAGUUGCAUUGUGCCAUUUUUACUAAUUUAGACUUUUAGAGUGAACUAUCUGAUCUUUAGUAUAUUUGUGUUCAGCGUACUUCUAUUUUAUAA